AUGAAAACGAGGUCGUGGCGCCAUAAGUCCUACAGCCAUUUCCUGUGUGCCUUGGCUGUAUUUGACAGCCUCACUCUCAUCAACAGGGAGAUCCUACUUAUACACGAAUUGCGUAUAUACGCCGGAGAUUCGGGAGUAUACGCAGGAUUCUCUGACAUGGCGUGCAGCAUUCACAACUUCUACGAACACAUGUGCUAUUUAAUGUCCUCAUGGCUCAUUGUGUGCAUGGCAAUGGAGAGAGUGGUGGCGGUCUACUUUCCUUUGCGGAAGGCUUUCCUGUGCACUCCCAAUGGCGCAGUGAUCGUCAUCCUGGUGCUAAUCAUGCUUCUUACAUAUACUCAAGUGUUCCGGUUCUUCAUGGUGGGCAAGAUAGACGACAAGUGCGUGGCCCUGACCGACUACCUCACCGUGUACACGUCACUGCACGUGUAUCUCUACCAGUUCACGCUGAUCUUCAUCCUACCGGUCGCCAUAGUUCUCACGUGCAACAUCUUCGUGCUUUUCAAGAUAUACAGAGUGAUGAAACCUCGAAGCCCAAACGGCAGCAGCCUGUCCAGGUCCAGGAGAAACGUUGCUAAAACCCACAAAACCACACUGAUGCUGUUGACAAUAUCAUUUGUGUACGUCAUCACGUUGUUCCCGUCCGUCGUCGUCUCCAUCGUUGUUCAUGUUGCCAUAGCAACGGGAUACAAGGGCAUGAGGGAACUUUUUAUGAGGAUAAGUCCUCUGACUCACCUCUUUGAGUUGUGCUCGGACCUGAAUUACUGUUCCAACUUCUUCAUUUACAUUUUGUCUGGGAAGUUGUUCAGAUAUGAGCUUCGGAGAAUAUUUGCAAUAGAAAGAAGUACUGCGCUGACAGCGACAACCAAAGGGAGGGAUGAAAUAGCUCUUGUAUGA